GAUGACAUAGCGGAAGUAAACAGUAAUCACGUUACAACCCGGAAGAGUUCCCUUUCUCCGAUUAACGUUUGAAUAGACAAGAAUGAGCGAUUUAUCUUGUGAAGAAACGAUUAAACGCGAUGCUGCUGACAUCGUACGGCCUUUGGUAGUCACAUUUGUGUCUUAAUCUUUGGCGCUGAAGGUGGAGGCGGUCGAGUGUGAGCAGCAACGCCCUGAUGCCAGCCGCCCCGUCGGAGAAAAAUACCCUCGCUGUGUUUACAAAUCGGCUGAGAGAAAUUGUUUCCCCGCAGUGUAUCGUUAGCUAAUCGUGCGGUUUGUGUGUGUUUUCCAGACGAAGAAAACAUGGCUGAACUGCAUGUUGUAGAAUCGAGCGGUACUAGCACCAUAGAGCAGCCCGAGCACCGCGAUGUCCGGGGCUCCGUGCGCCUGGCUUCGCCCACUCUCUUGGUUCCGCCGCGGAGCAGCCAGCUCAUCCCCGGCGGGGUGUCGAGCGGCAGCGGCGGGCGGGCGGUGUUCGGGUUCCCGCUGAAGAGCAACCCGAGCUCCCCGUCCGAACCGGUGGACAAGCCGGGCUCACGCUGGGUUCGGCUCAACGUCGGCGGGACCUACUUCAUCACGACCAAGCAGACGUUGUGUCGGGACCCAAAGUCUUUCCUGUUCCGACUGUGUCAAGAGGACCCCGACCUGGACUCUGACAAAGACGAGACAGGAGCCUACCUGAUCGACAGGGACCCCACGUACUUCGGCCCCAUCCUGAAUUACCUUCGGCACGGAAAACUGAUCAUGGAUAAAAAUCUGGCUGAGGAAGGUGUCCUUGAGGAAGCGGAGUUCUACAACAUCGCAUCACUGGUGAGGCUGGUUAAAGAGAGGAUACGGGACAACGAGAACCGGACAUCUCAGGGCCCGGUGAAGCAUGUGUAUCGAGUACUACAGUGCCAAGAGGAGGAACUCACACAGAUGGUCUCAACCAUGUCGGACGGUUGGAAGUUUGAGCAGCUUAUAAGUAUCGGCUCCUCUUAUAACUACGGCAACGAGGACCAGGCGGAGUUUCUAUGUGUAGUUUCCCGGGAACUCAACAACUCCACCAACGGCAUCGUCAUCGAGCCCACCGAGAAGGCCAAGAUCCUUCAGGAGCGAGGCUCGCGGAUGUGAAGAGACCCAGAUCCUGAGCUUAAUAACGCUUAAUCAACAAAAACAAAACGACAACACGAACAUUUUCUCCAGCUGUCAUCAAGAUCCAUGAGUUUACCCCCCUCCGCCUUUCUGCCAUCGCCUGCAUCAUCGUCGUUAACCCCCUUCCCUCCUCCUCUGGUGUGCCUUUCCACAGCGGGGGCUCCCCGACGCCCCCCUCUCCUCCAGUGCUGCAACACGACCCUGACUUGUCUUCUCAUUUCUUCUCCUCCACCGCAGGCCGUGGAACACUUCAGGGGGAGUGUAAAGGGGAAUACAAGUGAGUGGUUUUCCUCAUAGCAGCUUUUUGAUGGUCAGUGUCACUGCGGUGCAGGCUACGGUGCUGAUUGUAGCCCCUUAUUAUUGUCAGUGGAUGGUCGCCCAGCACAGAGCUACUAUAAAUCAUUAUCAUCAUCUUCAUUGUUAUCAUCAUAGCUAUUAACAGACAGGAUACUUCCUCGCUCUUAAACAUUUGGCUCUGUCGACUUAGCAGAAACCUCCUCAGGACUCUCAAAGGACAUAAAGGAAUAAACUCCACUGACUGAGCCUCACUCUUUACCUGAAUCUGUUAAUGGAGCGAGCAUCGACGCCCGCCGCCUCCCUCUCUGCACUCCCAGACUCCUCGGCUGAUGUCCGAGGCAGCUCGCGGCACAACAAACCGAGCCGGGAGGUGGAGGGUGAGAUGGAGCAGUUGCAGGCAGCAUGAUGCAGAGUCCGAUCGCUCUGUUUGAGCCAGCCUGGUGCGGCAUUUCCUCCACGAAACAACUUAAUCGAGUGAGAAACAGAUGCCCUGUCUUGGUUCGGCACUGCGACGGCGCAGCUGGAAAAUCUCGGCAUCCUACUCCUCCUGUUUCCUGUUUUUGGGCUCGACCUGUCGGUCUGUCCUCCCAGGGAGAAAAUUUGGGAUAUUUCCGCACAAAAGAAAACAAAUGACUCAAAAAGACUAAACUACACCUGUGUACAAUUUGUCAAGGCAUGUGAGGAAUCUAUAUAAAUCUAUAUAGGCUACAUGAUGAAAUUAUAUGAAAAAAUUGAAUGCAAAUGGUGUAAUUAUUGAUUUUCUGUAUCAUAGUUGUCAUAUAUUUACAUAUUCUGGUGGGUGAGUCUAUUUAAAUGACGGAGAAAAUAUAAUUUUUUCAUAACCAGUUUUCCUGAAGGUUUCCCACCUGGUAACAUGGAUGUGAGUAUGUAUAUGCAGUGCCUCUCUGCUUUCUGUCUAUGACUGAAAUAUCACAAGUUUUUCAGCUGCACGUGUUCCUCAAAAAAACUCCAGAUAUUGUCAAUAAGUUUUCUCUUAGAUAUCCUACUUUGAUCUCUUGCAUAUCUUAAAAUUGUAAUUAGGGAUAAGGAAAACUACUGUCAUUGCCAUUUGUCCAGACAAGCGUGGCAUGGCGGAGACUGGACUGUGGCCAGUUUGUAUGCUGCCUCAAAACCCCGAAGCACCCGUCUCUCCCCCGGCCUUGGCUGUUCUCACGCCAAUAUUCAUUCACUUUGCAGCUGCCUCUGUUGCCAGUCCUCAGCUUAACACCCAAAUGACUGUGUUGUCUUACGUUCUGCAGCACUUGUAGCAACUGUGGCACAAGCUGAAUUGUACUCCUCACGCUUAAAGCCCUGAGAUACCUGAGCCUACAUUAUCACAGAGAUUUACAUACUGUAAGUGAACCUGCCAGAUGGGAAGUGUCUUCAGUUUUUCGGAGCUUCAGAGUGAAGCCUGUAUUUCAGAUGUUAUGUGACUUUUUUUUUUUCUGUGCCAGCAGAUAGGUACCAACUUGGCUGAAGUAUAUUUCUCUUGAAAUAUACACGCCAUUAAGCUGCUAUGUGAUAGUGCUGUUUUUAAGACUUGUAACAAUAUUGAAGCUACAUGGAAAUACAUUAACAAUACAUUUACAAGCCUGGUUCUGAUAUGAAUGAUUAUCAGGCUAAAUAUAUACAAGUAUGUGUUUUCAAAUUAUUUAUAAGUGAGAUGCAAGAGAAUUCAAUGACUUUUGUGCAAGUAAAACUGAAUUGGCUUCUACUUCAAAUGUGCAUUUACCAAAACUAGUGCUGCAAGUAACCAGAGCUGAAACUGAUUAGUAGAUUGACAGAAAGUUAAUCUGCAACUUUAACAACUGUUUUCAAGCAGAAAUGUCUUUGCUUUUCUCUGUUUUAUGUAAUUGUAUAUUGAAUAUCUUUGAGUUUUGGAUCUGAUAAAACAAGACAUUUGAAGACGUUUCCAUGGACUCUGGGAAAAUGUGACAUUUUUCACUAUUUUCAGACAUUUUAUAGACUAAACUAUUAAUCGGUUACUUAAGAAAGCAAUUGGCAAUCAUCAUUAGUAGGGUUUUUAUUAAUGAUUGUUACUUGUUUCAAUUAAUUGUUCAGUCUAUAAAAUGUCAGAAAAUAGUGAAAAAUGCCAAAUGCAAGUUCCUACAGCACACGUCUUCAAAUUGCUUGUUUCCUUCAACCGACAGUAAAAAAACCCAAAGAUAUUUAACUUACAAUUAUAUAAAACAGAGAAAAACAGCAAAUCUUCACAUUUGAGAAACUGAAACCAGUGAAUUUUUGCUUUGUAAAAAACUUUCCUGUCAAUCGACUAAUCAAUCAAUCGACUAAUCGUUUUGCCACUACAGCCUACAAAUGUACAAUGUCGACAGAUGUAACUAUAAUGUUGUUACCGGUGUAAAUGCAGCCCUGUUAUAUGAGCAACUUGAUGCAAAGUUUGAGCCAUAUUUCCACAUAUCAGAUGGAGAAUUGACACAUCUCGUUGUUGCCCAUCGUGCAGACUGAACUCACAUGUUAAUCACUGGCCCUAAAAGCUAAGGGGCGCCUGAUCUUUAUCAUUGGCAUUGAUCACUUUGAUACACCAUUCUUUGUACAAAGAACAUAUUUGAUGCAGUUAUGUUAUAUCAAGCAUGAACUAAAAGAAUGCGUUUAACGAGAAAAAAAACUGUACCUUUGCUGUUGUCAUGCUCCCUGACGGUGUUCAGUCAGGCCUCAGAGCUCAAACUUUGAUGUGACUUCUUCUUUGUUGUUGUUUUUUCCUCUCGACUGUGUGUUGUGCAGUUUUAUUCUGCUAAUCUGAGUCGCGAGCAGACCGUGGGCUGCUAAAAAUGCCCAAAAUGUCUCAUUGAGGAGCACUUUUUCUCCCUUGUUGUUCUCUGGGCCUUUGCAAAGCACCUUGGGUGUUGUUUCCCUUCGUCUGUGUCCAGUGUUGUGCCUUUGACCUGUGAUGUGCACAGUUGUUCUCCCCUCUUAUCAUAAGGUGCCUCUGAGGUAUAAUGUAUAAUGCGGUCUUUAGCUUGUUUUCUAUUGUUAGUGUUUCAGUGAGAGGCAAGCCAAACAAAUCCAUUGUCCCCUGCAUUAUUUUACAUGUUAUGAUACAUACCGACAAACUGAAAAUGAUUACCGGCUGCUUUCUUUGUGCCAUUGCUUUUGAGCUAAAUUCACCCACAAUCCCUUACACUCCUGGAGGUUAAAAAUUGUGUCCAAAUCUGCUGUAAACACUGGUGGUGGUUGGCAUUGUGUUGACAGCACUACCAAAUGGGAGGGAAGCAAUCGACAGCAGGAAGACCAGUCAAAGCAGGUUUCCCUCCUCUGCUUUUAUCUUAGUAAAACUCCAGCAGUGCACUUCUUAUGGGAAACCGAUUUGACUAUAAACUUGCCGUCAUUUGGCUUCUUUUUUCUUGAGUUGCAUGCUGAAGCCAUCUCUAAUGAUUCCUUUUUAGAUGUGUGUAAUCAACCUUUUAAAGCACUUACUGUACCUGUCACCUUUGUGAAACCAAUUUUAUCUAACCUUGGUCGCACAGCUCAGUGGUUCCCAAACUGAGGGUGAGUCGGGACCCCCAGAAGAGGUCACAAGAUAUUUUCCACAACAUAUUUCUGUUAGAGAAAUCUGCUUGUUUUUUUCAGUCUUUCCUCUAAUAAUUGUUUUUUUUUAUUAGCCUUGCUAGCAGCAGGGCUCUAUGGAUGGCAAUGUCAGUUGGUCCACCAUUUUGGUCCAGACUAAAAUAUCUCAACAACAGUUGCCAUGAAAUUUUGUACAGACAUUCAUGGUCCCCAGAGAUGAACCCCUCUGACUUUUCAUGUAGCGCCAUCAUCAGUACUCUGGUUUAUGACCAAAUACCUGCAAAACUAUUGACAUUCCCAUCAGCCUCAGCUGUACUUUGUGUUUAGUGCUAGUAAAUAAAAUGUUAGCAUGCUAACACAUUAAAGUAAGAUGGUUAACAAGGUAAAAAUUAUACCUGCUAAACAUAAGCAUGUUAGCAUGCUGAUGUUAGCGUUAUGCUCAAAGCAACAAUGUGCCUAAAGGCCCUUUCAGACACAACGCAAAAACGGCACCAAAGCUAUUAUUUCUGAUGGCUUGCAAUGAGCCAUGGCGGCUUUUCGUUGCGUCGAGCAAAGUGUUCGACUAGAUUGAACUUUGGGCGCGGAGUGCGCUGAACCCAGCGGCGAGCGCAGCGCAAAUCGCGUUGUGUCUAAAAGGGCCUUAAGUGCUAGCAUGGCUGCAGACUCUUAACCUUGUUUCUUGUGAAUUACCGGAUAGUUUUACUUCUCGAGGAAUCACUUAAAAUUAAUUAUUUAAAUAAGACAAGGAAACUUGGUUCCAGAAGACGUAUGCAACCUGUGACGAGGGGUCACAAGCCGAAAAGGUUGGGAACCGCUGAACUUUGCAGUGUGAUUAUCUUAACAUUUGAAUCAAGCACCCGUUUUUUUUUAAAACAAAACAAAAAAGAACUUUUCAUCAUUACUUUCACCUGCACUAGUUAGUCCACAGAUAAUGUGCAAUUUUAACAAAUCUGCAAAAAAAAAAAUAUCUCUGUUGUUUGGGCACGUGAAAACAUGAGAGCAUGCAUUGUUCUAGAGAUUAUGGUGUUGUGUACUGGAUUUUGUCUGACCUCUGUGUUAGUGCAAAGUGUAUGUGAUGCAUGGUGGGGGGAGCAGAGGGAAGGCAUGGCUCUGUGGUAUGUACUAUGUAGGUGUAGAUUUCUUGUGUGGAACAGUUGGUCUUCAACUAGUCAUAUUCUCUCUCUCACAUGUUCUGUUUCUUUGUUUUUUUUGUAUCUUUGUCAUGUCAAUUUAACUAAACAGUAGAUAAAGAAUAGCUAGCUUUGAACAAAAAUUAACCAAUCAAUCAGAUUGCAGGACCCCCCCCCCAAACCUUUGUUUAUAAAGCAUUUACCCGCAGGUCAACACACAAAAGAAAGAUUUUUUUAAUUCAUGAAUCAUUUUGCCAGUUAAUCUGUAAACACCUGCAUGCGUUUGUGAACAUGCACACUUGUACACUCAUUUAGACGUAUUUUCAUUUAUCCUAUUAACAGUUACUUUGUGUUCAUUUAUCAACAGUAUUGAUGUCAAAUGUGAAUAUUGUCAAUGGAGACUGUGGAGCAAUGUUUGGAAGCUGACAAAACAUUUUGUCCGUUUGUUUCACUUUUAUUUAUUUUAUAUUUUUUGAAUUUUGUCUACCGAUGUCGUUUCUUUACAUGUAACAAUUUUAACAAAACCCUGUCUGGUUUUUAAUCAUAAAAUGUGUCUGUGUUUUAAACUGUG